AUUUUGUUCGCAAGUAUAAUCGUGAAUUUAAAAACCUUCAACAUGAAUAUGCUCGCAACUUAGACGAAUUGGAGGAAUUUAAACGUAAAUGCGCUCUUAAAUUUGAAGAAUUAUUUCCGAAUGAAUCUAGUCCCGAAUAUCGUAUUAAAUUUAAACAUUUUCAACGAGAAUGUGAUCUUGGCUGUGAGAAUUUUAAGGAAUUGCAAACUAAAUGCAAUCUUAACUUUGAUGAAAUCCAAAAAGAUUGUAAACAUGAAUUUGAAGAACUACAUA